CUCAUAGAUGUUUAAAUAAUUUACUAGUUAGUUAUGUACUGAUAAGCGGUGGUGUGGUACAUUAAAAUGAUGUUAUUUAGAUAAAUUUGCUGCAGAUUGCAUUAACUACUUGGCCGGAUAUUGGCCCCGAUUCCGUCAUUUUCUUAUCCGCCGAAAAGGAAAUACUGGGUGUUCACAAAUUGAUCGGAACAAAAUCAGUUGGGAAAAGACAAAACAUUGCAGUACAUUGUGUUAUACACAUUAGUUACAUUCCUAUCCGGACGAUGGAUACAGUGAAGCAAAUACCUCUAGAAGAAGAGUAUAAGAAGAACACAGGAGUAACCCCGGAAGACGUCAGCAAGCUGCGAGAAUGGAUGGACACGCAGCCGCAUCUACCUGGACAAUAUAUAACGGACCUCGACCUGAUCCUGGCCCACCACUGCUGUGACUGCGACCUGGAGGCGUCCAAGCGGCUGCUCGACACACACUUCACGCUCAAGACGGAGAUGACUUCCUUGUUCAAGGAUAGAGCCUUCGAUGAGAGAAUUGAACGAGCUCUGAACACUUCGCUCCUGAUACCGCUGCCUACCCCCAGUAAGGAUGGGUACGCUGUCUUCUACACAAGGACUAUCGACAGCGAUCCGCAGAACUACUGCCUACAAGACUUAUACAGAGCAACAAUAAUGGGUUGGGAGCUCUGGCAGGUGGAGUCGGGCACGUGGCCGGGGUUCGUCAUGGUCUUCGACCUCGCCGGCCUCGGUUUCCAGCACUUCCUCCGAAUGCACCUCUCUAGCCUCCAGAACUUUACCAAGUAUAUGCAGGAGGCUUUCCUAGGCAAGCUGAAGUACGUGCACAUUCUGAACGCGCCGUCGUUCUUUGACAAGAUCGUUAUGCUAUGCCGACCGUUCGUCAAGAGCUACUUGCUAGAGAUGAUACGAAUUCACCACCACACUGACACCCUUGAAGAGUUCUAUCCUGUGGAAGCCCUGCCUGUCGAAUCUGGGGGCAGGUGGAAAAGAGUGCUGGAGUGUAGAGAUGAGGUGAUCGCCAAGUUCAGAGCGAAUGCAAAGUUCUUCGACGCGGAAGCAAAGAAGCGCGUGGAUGAGUCGAAACGACCGCGAAAGCCCAGCAGUCAAACGAGUUACGGAUUCUUUGACAGGUUUAGAGGCGUUAGGAAAGUUGAAAUAGAUUGACUUGCGUUAAAACUGAA